AGUCUAUAAUUCCUAAGCCAAACAUUGAGAAAGUGCAUGAGAAUAAUGAGUACUCAAAAUGAUGCUCUUCUUGUACUAGUUGUGAUGACCAUGUUCCUCAAACCUCACGAAGCAUGCACACUAUUAGUUCCUCGUGGCGACUAUCAAAGCUCUGGGCAAAGGAAGCCGUUGACCACCCCACCGCCCCCGGUUCCAGACGCCGCCGCUAAGUCGCCGGGUCAUCACGGCGGCGUAAGCUUUGGUGCUACGAUGGCAAAUAAUAAACGUCGUUUAUUAUUGUCACCAAACUUGUGGAAAAAGAAUGCGGCGGUCAACCCUACGACGUCAAACUCAGCGCCGGUCGAGUAUGAUUAUCUUUUGCGUCCAUCUCUGCAAUGGAAGAUGCCAACUCCUCCGGGCCGCGAUAAAGAGGGUAACGGGCAUUGACGUACGUGGGUAAUUACUUACUGCUACGGCCGGCCGGAAUGGGCGGCUUUUGGAUAAGGUCUACUACUAAAUUACAUGCAUAGUGUCCUCGAUCAUGUUUCCUUGAAUUAGAGAAAGAAAUCAAAUACGUAGUACUUCCCGUCAACCCCUCUCUCUCUCUAUGUAUAUACUCCCUCCGUUCCUAAAUAAACUUCCAACUUUCCUUUUUCGUCCGUUCCAAUUAAAAUUUCCACUUUCCCUUUUUAGUAAAGAAUUUGUGGUUCACAACAUUUCUUACACAUUUCUCUCUCCUCUGCACAACUCUCCACCACACAUUACUCACUAUCUUAAACUCUGUGCCAAACUUAUUUGGAAGUUUUAAUAGGAAGGGAGGUAGUAUAUCAACGGUGAAAAAUCAGCUACUCCCUUCAAGUUUACUUAGUCAUCUUUGAUUUUUCUGAUCAAAGAUGAUAGUAUUUUUAAUAAUUUUAUACUUUUAUGAUAGUAUUUUUAACAAAGAAAAUUUUCAUAUCAUUUUCAUUUUAUUAAUACUUUCUGUAUAUAAACAUAUAAUUGGUCAAAGUUAGACUCCAUUGACUUGAAAAGUCAAGAUUGGCUAAGUAAAAUGGGACGGAGGAAGUAUAUUUUACGGGAGUGCCUCAUAUUAUUCCAUGUUUUUACGUGUAUUUUACUUUAUAUAUAUACUCCGUAUUACGUAGUUAAUCAUCCAAUUUAAUUUAAUUAAAAAAAUCUAUUUUAUGCUCAUUAUGGAUUACAAUAUUUUUUAGGGCUUUGCUAUGGUGCAUUUGAAAUUUAGGGUGUACCCAUACAUUUAACCAAUGAGAAAUAGACACAUUAGACAUUGUUAGCUCUCCAAUUUCACUUGUCAUUUUUUGAUUGGAAGUGAUCUACACCUUCAUAGAUGUUCCAUAGAAAUGCCCUAUUUUUUAUUGACAAAACUACAUAACUUUCAGAAGUGAAAUUUGUAUUUUAUGAUAAUAUCUAAAAAACCUAUUUAGCAGUACUGAAAUUGAUUGAAUUGAUUGAUUCUAUUGAAAUAGGUGAUAUUAUGACUGAAUCAAAUGAAUUGGCUGAAUUUAUUUAUGAAAAAAAGUACAUUUAAAAUUUGAAUUAUUUAUAAAAUAAAGAAAAUAUAUAUGUGAAAAUUACCUAAAAUAGUCAUCAUCAAUAAAUGUAGCGAACUCGGCAAGAAAAGCAACUCAAUGCAACACGUGAAAUUAAUACAAAACUAUGUAACUUAAGAAAAAACUGGAUGACAAAACGAGCCAUAACGAUGCAUUUAUAAUAUUUUUGGAAUCCUUUAUUCUAGAUGGUGUCGGACGACCACAAAUUAAUCUGUACACCCGGUGGUAUGGUGUUCACCGUACAAUCGGGCUUUUUUGUAAUUAAAGCUACGGUGCAACUCAUCGACGAAGACGACAAAAGACAUCGAUGAAGACUACGAAGGAUGACAGGUCGGAAGUCGGACGUACGUGGGAUGCCGACUGCCAAGCAGCCAAAUGCCCAAGUCUCCUACUCGCGAAGCGGCCCAAGCCACCACAGAUACCGAUUGACGGAUGCAGUGACGACAGUGACGCUUGGCCGCCUGCCUCACGUUUAUGUCCUUCUUAGUGUUUCUGUCCUUUGUAGUGAAGCUAUGAUUCUGAUUUUUCGUAGUCCAUUUGCCCCCUGCUUAUUUCUCACAUGCUACUUCCUGCUACAUAUAUCCGCCAUAUUAUAGAUAUGAGUUUAAUGUUUAAUUCAAAUGAGUAUAAUGCCUAGAAGGAACGAACAUACACAAAUAAAUAUUGAGUACAUUAGAAAUGAGUUUUAUGUUAAAGUCGAGAGAGAAUUCCCUAAAUAGGAGUAAAAAAGUUUUGAAAUUCCAAAAUAGGAAUAUCAUGUUUUUUAUUCCUUGAAUAGGAGUAAAUUUCUGCUAAGUUUGGCAUUACUAGGCUUUAAACAUGGCAUUUUUUUUCAAAC